ACUGGCAUCAAUAUGAUGACAUAAUUUGCAUGAAGCCUCCUGGGACCUUCCAGAAAUUUCAGAACCUCUUCACUAAUAAGAUGAAGAAGGAGCUGGUGAAGGAGAAGAAAUUAGCAGCUGCAAUCAUGCUGGGCCGCAUCUUUAGCAACCUCCAGACCUGGAACCUCGUCAACCUGCAGAACUUCUUCACCCAGUUCCGGCAGUUUUAUUAUGUUGUCCAAGAGCCUAUGAUUUACGAAGGGAAAGCACAGCCCUGGUACAGCCUGGGCCUCGGAGAGGAAGAGGUGAAGGAACACCUAUGGGAGUGUUUGAAAAAGCAGAUUGAACCGUUUCUGGAAGGAAAGACUGGGGAUGCCCUGCCUGAAGGCUGGCCUGUGAGGAGCAGACUGAGGAUGGGCCUGGUCCUCCUUUUCCUGGUGGAAAAUGCCAGACUCUGCUUGUCGGAUGGUGACUUGACCUUACUAUGCUCCAUCCUCUACCCUAGCACCUGUUCUCCAGAUGUUCUACACAGUGAACUCCACCACAUCCUGGGCACAUCUGAGAGAUGGCAAGAGUACUUGGUCAACCUGUGCCAAAGGUACAUAAAUGCAAGAGUUGUCAACUGGCUGGGCAUCCUCCCUGUCCUGCACUACUGUAUGCAGCUGGUUCCUCCAAGAAAGGACUUUGUGAGCCAGCCUGAGGACAUCUGGGAUGCCCUCAAGGGAAUCCCCUUCUCUCAGUUUCAGGAAAAAUGGCUAAAUAA